CUGUGACAUCGCGCUGUCAAAGCAUCACGGUCGCAGGAAAAACAGUCGCCUGCAAAGAGAUUUUUUAACCCCUCAGUUUUCGUUGGAGAAAGAUGGCUGCAUCAGGAAAAUUGGCCCUGCUUGCCCGUCAACUGAGCACCAGCUCAGCCACCGCUCAGCUGGUAAAGCCCCCGGUGCAGGUAUUUGGUCUGGAGGGUCGCUAUGCAUGUGCACUUUACUCGGCCGCCUCUAAGACGAAGGCUCUCGACGCGGUGGAGAAAGAUCUGAAAGGGCUGCAGAAUCAGAUGCGAACGGAUGCCAAGGUGCGCGAUCUGCUGCGUGAUCCGACGACCAAGCGAAACGUAAAGGCGGCAGCACUGAAGGAUGUGGCCACAAAGGUCAAGUUUAAUGCUGCCACCGGUAACCUGCUGACCGUGCUCGCCGAAAACGGUCGUCUUGGCCGUCUGGACGGAAUUAUCAACGCUUUCAGCUUGAUCAUGGCCGCUGAACGCGGAGAAGUGGUGUGCGAGGUGAAAACCGCCAAACCGUUGGACGAUGGUCAGCGUAAGCAGCUGGAAAAUGCCCUCAAGGCAUUCCUGAAAUCAAACCAAACGAUCCAAUUGACCGCAAAGGUAGAUGCUUCGCUGAUCGGUGGCAUGGUUGUGUCAAUCGGUGACAAGUACGUCGACAUGAGUGUGGCCAGCAAAAUCAAGAAGUACACCGACAUCAUCACGUCGCCGGUCUAAAGCCGGUUGCGGUUUCCGAUAGCGCUGCCUUAGGGCUGUGCUGAGCGAAUGGGGUUUGCUGCAAGUUAGCAGACGGCUGGGACGAAUGUGUCGUUCACAAACACGUGCUCUUCGCUGUACGUUCCUGGCCAUUUAGAAGUAUAAUAUUGCCUCCAGCCGAUAAAAUAAAAUACCAGCCCUUUGAGGACUACAAAA